GGGGGGCGGCGCCUGGCUUCCGAGGAAGAUGGCCGCACAGGCUUAGAGCUCCGCGGGAAGCAGGCACACAAUAGCAAAAUACAGCGAUCGCACACUCUCACCAAGUCCCAGGACAUAAGGCACCAAGCUCCGGCAGCGCAGCUCACCGUGGGGGGAGGCAGGAAAUCCAAGUCUAACACGGCUGUCGCCCCGAUCUUCCGAAGCCGCGGGGAACAAGACCGCCCACGUGGUAAUGGCGGCAACGGCGGUCAGGACUCUGAAUCAGAGUCAGAGCUCAGCGAGCACAGCCACACACAAGACCAGGGUCCCCUCACUAAAAGGGACCUGCAAAGCCUCCUCCAGGACAUCAAGUGCAACAUAGCAGCAGAAUUUGCAAAGCACCUAGCCCCACUGAAAGAAGAAAUGGCAGACCUGACUAAACGAACCUCAGAUAUAGAAGACAGAAUGGAGCAAGUCACUUCAACCUCUACCACGCAAGCACAAACUAUUCUAGAAUUAAAAGA